AUGACGCUAGCAAGGGCCACCAAGCGUCUAGCGUUCUGGGAGCGCCCAGACGCUAAGAAGGCAACGCCAGCUCCGUCCGGGGGAAUUCCCCCUGUAGGACUGUGUGUUCCUUCGGCCCCAGGCAGCGUGGUGUUAGGCAGCCGCUGCUUAGCCGCAGCCGCAGCCGCACCCGCUAGCCUCUCCCCGUCACCGUCACCCGCCAGCCUAGUGGCCGCGGACCACGAGGCGGUGGAGCUACCUCCUGGGUGCGAAGACCAGCCUGUGCCAGAGCUGGACUUCGGCCUGGACAACGAGAGUCUGCUCGACUUCUCGGACGAGCACGCCUCGGACGAGGAGGAGAUGCAGCUCGACAUGGAUGUGAAGCCGCGGGCAACCUCUCCCCCGGCUACAUCCAGGACCUUGGGCCAGCAGCUCCACGAGGUGGCGCUGAGGGCGGCGAGCUGCCUCGGUCUCCCUCUCCCUCCCCCUCCCAGCAUGCAGGCUUCACUGCUGGAUGGGGAGUUCUACGCUGGCCCAGCCGUAGCAGCCCCCAGCCCCAUCCCCUUCUUUACGGAGGUGCAUGGGGAGCUCAAGACCACAUGGGCCACUGCCUACUCGGGACAUGCCCCGGUGCCGGGUUUUGCUGCUCACCUCCACCUCGACCAGGCCAAGGAGAGCGGCUACCUCUCCUUCCCACCGGUGGAGGACACGGCGGCUCUGGCCGAGAAGGCUUAUUUGGCUGCUGGGCAGGCUGCGUGUUCGACGAACACCGCAGCGCUCCUACAGCGCUACCAGGCCAAACUCCUGACGGAGUUGGCCGCGUCACUGGGGGAUAAGCACGAGACGGUGGUGGAGCUCUGUAGGGCAAAGGACCUGUCUCUCCGCCUCACCCGCUGCACCUCCCAGGCCCUGGGAAGGGUUAUGGGGGCCUCUGUGGCAACGCAGAGGUCUCUCUGGCGGUCCCUGGCGAAGCUAACAGACAGGGAGAUGCUGGACGCCCCAGUCAGCGUUCAGGGCGUCUUCGGAGAAGCUGUGGGCACGAUGGCCUCAAAGUUUGAGGAGCAGCAAAAGAGCCGUGAGGCCUUCCAGGCGUGGAUGCCUCGCUCCAGUGGCUCGGAGCAGGAGUUCUCCUCUCCUGUGCUCUCAGAAGCGGAGUGGGUUCCGCUCUCCAGCACCUCCGGCCAAGAUGCCCACCCGGCGAGGCUGGCAGAGGCACCCUUUCCGCCCCGCCGCUCAGCCACCUGCACAGCAGCAGCCAGCUGCGCGCUCAGCCCAGAGCGCAGCCCACGCCCUAUGGCAGCAUGCUGCUCGCCGGGGGAAGGGCCAGGGCAGACCGCCGGCCACCUGAUCCGCAUCGGCCGCCGAAAAGACAGGGGGGAGCGGUGGAUCCCCCACCGCCUCCACGGAAAUCCGCCCGUUGCUCUCAUGCACAACCCAUGUCAAGCACGCCUAGCAGGCUGCGUGGAGAGUUGGCGCGCAUGCGCUGCGUCACCAUGGGUACUAAAAACAAUCACAGCGGGUUACACGCUGCAGUUCGCCCGCCCCCCUCCGAGAUUCGUCCAAUCAGUGGUGCCGCAGGGACAGUCUCAUUUCCUACGAAAAGAAAUAGACUCCCUGCUCCGAAAAGAAGCGAUAAGUGUGGUGCCUCCCGAGGAGGCUGACUCAGGCUUUUACAGCAGAUACUUCCUGGUCCCCAAAAAGGACGGGAACUAUCGGCCAAUAUUAGAUCUACGUGUGCUGAACAGAGCACUUAUGCCGUUGAAGUUCAGAAUGCUGACUCCCCGCCGGCUAGUUCAGUUCAUAAGACCAAGCGAUUGGUUCAUCACGAUAGACCUGAAGGAUGCUUACUUCCACGUCCCGAUCCACCCCAAACAUCAGAGAUUUCUGAGGUUUGCGUUCGGAGGAGUAGCAUACCAGUUCCACGCACUCCCGUUCGGUCUGGCUUUGGCACCGAGGGUUUUCACAAAGUGCGUGGAGGCAGCCAUCGCCCCGUUGCGACAACGAGGCCUACGUUUGUUCAACUAUUUGGACGAUUGGCUUCUUUGCGUCAGUCUGUCUCAAGACCGAAUAAAAGCCAUCAGAUCAUGCAUGCAUCAGUUCAAGCUGGGGCAGAAAGUCUCGUCCCUGUGCUGCCAAAGGCUGCUGGGCAUGACGGCAUCAGCCGCAAUCGCUCUCCCUCUGGGGAUGUUGCGUAUGCUGCCUUUUCAGAUAUGGUAUCUCUCCUUAAAACUCAGUUCUACCAAGGACAGACACCACAGAAUAGCGGUGACCUCCAGAUGCAGGAAAGCCCUGUCAAUCUGGAGGACUCCGCAGUUCUUCGCGGCGUCGGGCCCCAUGGGCGUGGUGACGCACCGCCUAGUGGUGACCACAGACGCCUCCACAAAAGGGUGGGGGGCAGUCUGCGAGGGGAGGUAUGUGAACGGUCGCUGGUCUGCAGCAGAAGCUGAGUCACAUAUAAAUGUGUUAGAACUGCGAACGGUUGUCCUGGCACUGCGGCACUUUCUGCCCAAGUUAAGUGGUCGGCAUGUGUUGGUAAGGACGGACAACAUUUCAGUCAUGCCGUAUAUAAACCGCCAAGGCGGAGUGCGCUCCCCGUCGUUGUACCACUGGGCGAACCGCCUGCUCUUGUGGGCAGCGGUUCACAUCCGUUCCCUCAGAGCAGUUCAUAUUCCAGGCCACCUCAACUACGGGGCAGACCUGUUAUCGAGGGGCGACCCUCAGGCGGCAGAUUGGUGUCAGAUUUGGCUGCGUUUUUACAGGGCCCAGGUGGAUCUGUUUGCCAACAGGCAGAACACCUGCUGCCCGCUCUGGUUCUCGCUAGGGGGCAACAACCCUCCACUGGGCGUGGACGCACUGAGCCACCAGUGGCCGAGCUUGCGUCUGUACUCGUUUCCCCCGGUUCCGCUCCUCCAGCAGGAGGGCAGAGAGUUGCUGUUAGUAGCCCCCCACUGGCCCAGUCAGCCGUGGUUGGCGGAUCUGAUCAGUAUGUCGGUGCAACCGUCUUGGGAGCUGCCUCUUCGGAGAGACCUCCUAUCGCAGGCGCGCGGAACGGUCUGGCAUUCUCGACCAGAACUGUGGCAUCUCAGGGCCUGGCACCUGAAAGGAGCAGGCUCCUAA